AUGAGCAAUAGGAGAAGAGUAAUUGAAUCUGUGCCGCCGGAAGAGAGAGCCAAGGGUGUCAAGAACCUUGAUCUUAGUCAAGAAGAGCUACCUGUUGAGAGAGCGUUGGUAGUCCAUUGGGAUACUGAUGAGCACGAUCGCGACUUACUCAGAAUGAAGAUCAAGUCAAAACAUGGUAGUCAGACAAGAAGAGGCUUACUGAGCGUCAUCUGCUCAGUGUAUGACCCAUUGGGGUUUGUUUGCCCGUACGUCCUUCGGGCGAAACUCCUCUUUCAGAACGAGUGCCGAAUCGUUGGCAAGAGCUGGGAUGAUCCCUUAAAGUCCGAAACUCAGGAUCACUGGGCGAAGUGGUUAGAUGAGCUUCCUCUUUUGAACGAGUUUGCUGUUGAAAGAUGCCUCGUGCCAAGCAACUUCGGAGAGAUAAGUGAAUGCCGUUUGCAUCACUUUUCAGAUGCCUCUCAAGAUGCGUAUGGGAGUGUAUCUUAUGCUCGUUUGGUCAAUUCUGCAGGAGAAGUCCACUGUAGUUUCCUGAUAGGAAAAUCACGCCUGGCACCUUUGAAGACGAUGACGAUACCCAGACUGGAGCUUUUUGCAGCAGUAGUAGCUGUAAAGAUGGAGCAGAUGCUACGAAUGGAGCUGAAACUGAACGUCUGCGGGUCCACGUUCUGGACUGACAGCAUGCUUGUGCUGCAGUACAUCAAGAACACAUCAAAGCGCUUACACACGUUUGUAGCCAACAGGGUGGCUGUCAUACAUGAUGGUUCAUCUGUUGACAAGUGGCGAUAUGUAAAUACGGAUCGAAAUCCUGCUGAUGACGCAUCGAGAGGCCUGGAUGCGCACACCAUGAUCUCCAAAGAAAGGUGGAGAAAGGGACCAGAAUUCCUCUGGCAGGAUGAGAAGAGUUGGCCAGUAACUCCUCAAGCUCCAAAUCUUCUCGAGACGGACCGGGAAGUGAAGAAAGUAGCAGUGUCACGAGCUACGGGAGGCGCAGUGACAGCUGAUCCUGUGGCAAGACUUAUCAGCAAGUAUUUGAAACCGUCUAAAGAAGGCUGUGGCGUGGGUCCUGCGUUACAAGAAGUGGUUGAUUUAACACAGAUCUCGAUCCAUAUGGAGUGGAAAUCGACUGACCGCAGCAGAGAUGGAUGA